UUCAGGCCCAUUGUUGGGCCUUCUGUGAGGAAAACAAGUUUUUUGCUUUCAAGGAGACCAGUCAUCCCUUUGUAUUUUAAAUGGUGACCUUGUCGGCCACAGACUGCUACAUCGUGCAUGAGAUCUACAAUGGUGAGAAUGCCCAGGACCAGUUUGAGUACGAGCUGGAGCAGGCCCUGGAAGCCCAGUACAAAUACAUUGUCAUCGAGCCCACUCGAAUCGGUGAUGAGACGGCGCGCUGGAUCACUGUGGGCAACUGCCUGCAUAAGACGGCUGUGCUGGCGGGCACUGCUUGCCUCUUCACCCCAUUGGCACUGCCCCUAGAUUACUCUCACUACAUCUCCCUGCCCGCUGGAGUGCUGAGCUUGACCUGCUGCACCCUCUAUGGGAUCUCCUGGCAGUUUGACCCUUGCUGCAAGUACCAAGUGGAGUAUGAUGCCUAUAAACUGUCUCGACUGCCCCUGCACACACUCACCUCUUCUACCCCAGUGGUGCUGGUCCGGAAGGACGACCUGCACAGAAAGAGACUGCACAAUACGAUAGCACUGGCUGCCCUGGUGUACUGUGUAAAGAAGAUUUACGAACUCUAUGCUGUAUGACUGCAGUGAAUAGGGAGGGGAACAGAACCACACAGCCUGCAAGAGACAAGAGGACGCAGAGGUUUUUUUGCCACAGUAACACUUUUUGCUCUAUGCGGCAGUGGAGCCUGGGAAGGUGUUUGGUUUAAUAUUUGUUAUUUUUUAAAAAAGAACACAGAUCAUGGGUGUACCAAGGGUUUUUUCAGCUUAUUACAAAAAUGUGGAUUUCCAUAACCCCAGAGGGCGUUUGAGGUUAUGGAAAUCUUAACUAGGCAGUGGACUGUGGAUGGAAGCCAAUGCUGCUGAGGGUGUGUGAAUGCGCUUGGGGGGGGAGGGUGUCUUUAAGUAUAUUGUUUAACUGUACCAUUCGGAGCCAACCAGAAGCUAUUGACCAUUAAAAUU